UCCAACGCUGCUAUUGUGGCCUGCCUUUCCCCCACUUAGCCAGACAAGAUGGAGCUGCGGCAGCAAGAGAGGAAGGGGCGAGCGUCUGUUCUGCCUGGCACUGGCUUGCAGAGCGAGAAGAGGGCACAGAUGAUCGAUCUGUGACACCAGUGUAGUCACUGUGAUGAUGAACAGUCAGAGAAAGCCCUCCCGCAGGGGCUGCGUGGACAUCACCAUUACGUCUCCAACCCCGAGGAGAUUGACGCCGUGGGAAUCCCUGCCCCUGCGCCGCUGGGUCCUCGCUCAUUUCCUCAGGAUACUUCUGCCACCCAACGUCCAGCUCCAUCCCUCGAGUCAUCCGCAGCCGAUGAAACACACAAGACUCCUCAACCACUGGAUGUUCUUGCUUUGUACAGGAUUAUUUUUACUCCGUAAGGACAUCAUCUCACCUGCAGAUGGGAAGCAGCGGGAUGGACGGCAGUACGGGACAGUUAUGUAGCCCAAAUUGAGGAAGGGGAGCCGUUGGAUUGUCUACAGGUUCAGUGUGGUGAACUGAACCCUCGGAUGUUGCAGAUUUUGGUGUGUACCAAUCACCCACCCAACAUCUGAGGCUUCUGGUCUCAAGGUGACUGAGGGGGGACUCGCCAUGCCUGAGAUGCAGACCUUCUAUUACGCCAUGCGUCGGCCCCCGAGCCUCUACCUGGACGCGACACGUUCACGGCGGCAGAACUUUGAAGAUCAGGUGGAGUUCUGGUGGUUCAGGGAGCCACGGCGCUCCUUGUUCUGCUACUGUGCAUCAGUCGCUCUCAUCGUGGGGUUGGGCCUUGGCGGCGUGGGCCUCCUGUCCUCCACCAACAGCUUGUCCGGGGAAUGGCGCCUGGGGGUGGGCACCACCCUCUGCCUCUUGGCUCUCGCUGUGCUGCUCAAGCAGCUCCUCAGCUCCGCCAUCCAGGACAUGAACUGCGUGCACAACCGGCGCUGCAUCGAGCUGCUGAAGAGCGGCGGGAGGGCCGACCCGGCGCUGAUGUUAGCCGUCGGGCUGGCAGUGGUGCUGUGCGGGUCGGCGCUGCUCUGCGUGGCCACAAUCGGCAGCCGGAGUUACGACAGCAGAGAAAUGCUGGUGUCUGGGAUCGUGCUGGUGGCGACGGGGGCGGUAACGUCUCUAGCUGUGGUCGGCUACAGCAUACUCUUAUACCUCAUGAGAAGAAGGGAGCAGAGGAGGAGGAGGAGGAUGAGCGGGAGCAGGGCGAGGAGACUGGGGAGCCGAGGCGUCAGAGCGUUCAGUGUUCCAGGUGGACAGAUGGCUCAAGCGAGGAGAGAGGCUUCCACCAGCAGGAUCAGUCUGAUCUGAAGGAAAUGAACCGGCAGAGUUAGUUAAAGAAACAUUUUAAUACCUCAUGCAUACCUUUUGGCUUUACCCCUCAUUAAACAACUUUUGGACAGAGAUUUUCCACUCCCUAUCAAAGAUAGUGGGGCAGAGAGUGGAACUUACUCCUUUAGGAGCCUUGUUUGGGGUUUUCCCCUCAUUGCCCACUCUUUCCAAAUCGGAGAGGGAUGUUUUGGCUUUUGUUACAUUAUUGGCUAGGAGGUUGAUAGUGAUAGAUUGGAAGAGUCCCCCCCCUCCCACACCCACUGGAUAAGGGAUAUUUUAUAUAGUCUUAAACUGGAGAAGAUCAGAUUCUCCCUUAAUGGCUCUGUAGACAAAUUUUGGAGGGCCUGGGGUCCAUUCUUCACCUUUGUACGAAGUCUGGAUCCUACUCUGUUGGCGGACAGGUGAGGUCCGGUGGAAUGGUGGCUUUAUAAACUUGUGCUAGGGGUGGGGCGCUGCGGCGCGGGUCACGGUAAAUCUUAUAUGUAAUACUUCUGGACUGAUGUUUGCUUUUGUAUUUGUUAUUACUAUUAUUUUUUAAUUUGGCAUACAGUAUGUCCUAUAUGUUAUGUUUUUGUUUUGGUCUCUGAUGUUG